UACUAAGCAGGAAGCCCAAUGUGGGGCUUGAUCCCAGGACCCGGAGAUCAUGACCUGAGCCAAAGGCAGAUGCCUAACCAACUGAGCCACCCAGGCGCCCCCAGAGAAAGGAAGGGCUUUUGUCCCCUCUAGCUCUGAUAUCUCCCAGAUUUAGCCUGGAGUUUCACAUUUCCUGUGUACUUGUAUCCCUUUCGCUGAACUGAGGUGCUUAGUCUCCCUGGGAAGACAGGAUCUCAGCAUAGAUCAGCUAGGGAGUAUUUGACUCUGGGGGCCUGCAGGCUAGUAAUAUACUAGAAUGCCCAAGAACUACAUCAUAAAGCAAGAGUUCCUUUUGUGGGCCCUGCUCUGUGGCCUCUUGGAAUCUAGAUGCCAAGGAAAUCCCUAAGCAGAGAUUUUCCGUUGGAUGAUCAAAGCAAGGAAUAAAAAUUGAGAAUUUGGAAAAUGUCUCAACAGUUUCAUUACCAGAACAAUACAAGAGUCACUUCUAACUCGCUGUUGGAUAAUCCAUCAGUGGCGUUCUGUGCGAGAUUCGGGAAAUUUCAGAGGAGAGAUUCUCAGUGUCAGGCAUUUGUGAAGAGAGUCAUAAUGAGUCGUCUUUUUAAGAUGAUUAUGAUUAGCAUCAUCUCACUGAAUGCCUUUUUUGUGGUCUUGUGGACUGAUUAUAAUACAAAAUACAACUUGUUCAGACUUUUUGAGGUCUCUGAGCUGGUCUUUGCGUCCAUCUAUAGCUCCGAGUUCUGCAUGAAGCUCUACGUGGACCCCAUCAACUACUGGAAGGAUGGGUACAACCUGCUGGAUAUAAUCAUUAUCAUCACCAUCUUUAUCCCCUACGGUCUCCGCAGAUUCAAGGGCAAGCACUACCCCUACCUCAACAUUGCUGACGGCAUGCAGUCCCUGCGUAUCCUCAAGCUUAUCACCUAUAGCCGUGGCAUCCGGACACUCAUCACUGCCGUGGGGCAGACAGCCUACAUCGUGGCCUCUGUGCUCUUCCUGCUCUUCGUCCUCAUGUUCAUCUUCGCUAUCUUGGGCUUCUGCCUGUUUGGACUUCCAGACAGGGGGGACCAGAAUAACUGGGGGAACCUGGCUGUGGCCUUCUUCACCCUCUUCAGCUUGGCCACGGUCGAUGGCUGGACAGACCUGCAGCAGCAGCUGGACAGUCGCAACUUGGCUCUCAGCCGGACGUUCACCAUCAUCUUCAUCUUGCUUGCCUCCUUCGUCUUCCUCAGUAUGUUCGUGGGUGUGAUGAUCAUUCACACUGAGGACUCCAUUAAAAAGUUUGAGCAGGAGCUGAUGGAGGAGAGGCACAUGACACUCAUGGAGGAGAAGCAGGUGAUUCUAACGCGGCGGCAGGAAGAGGUCAGCAAGCUGAUGCAGUUGCAGAAAAAUGCUGACUACAGAAGUUUCAGUGAGCUGGUAGAGAACUUCAAGAAGACCCUGCGGCACACUGACCCCAUGGUCCUGGAUGAUUUUGGCACUAGCCUGCCCUUCAUCGAUGUCUACUUGUCCACUCUGGACAACCAGGACGCUACAAUCUACAAGCUUCAGGAGCUGUACUACGAGAUUGCGCACGUGUUGAGCCUGAUGCUCGAAGACUUGCCACAGAAGAAACAGUCCCAGUCCUCUGAAAAGGCUGAUGAGAAGUAGGGGGGGGGGGCGUGGGCACCCAGGCACCGAGGUGCCUCGCAAGCCGUGACAGGCCCUCGUUCAACACAGGCUUUCUGAAUUGCCCCCUCUGCAGUUGCUUAAGCUCGUGGUAUUUCCCAGCCGUGGGGGGUUGGGCCUGGGAGGCGCCCAUGAAGUCCGAUUGCCCGGACCGCUCCCCCCUCAACAUGAUACAGCCAGGCCUGGGGAGGACGGAGAGGGAUGCUCAACACUUGCCCUUGGCCAGAUGCCAUGUCCAGGGGCCACACUGGCUAUCUCUUCCCUUAACCCCAGCAGCGAGGACUCCCUGGGCUCCUGGGAAAGCCACCUGAGGACCCCAGACCAAGAAGGGCCUCCAGCAGCCCUGUAAGUGUAUAUGGCUCCUUUGAGCUGGUAUAGCCUCACUGAUCUGGGAACCUCUUAAAGCUGGGCUCCUCUUUGUGGGUGCCCCACACUAGGAAGAGCAACAUUUCUCUCUGUGCACCUACUCCCGUGGGGACCCGUCUUUGGAAGUUGACUGCUUUUCUCUAGGCUCACAGUGGUCGUGAUGCCCCAAAGGGUGCAGGGGCCACCUCCUAGAGGGGCCAAAGGAGCAGCAGUAUUGGGCACUUUGGGCUGUUGGUUAGUUAGGACUUUUCACUUGAAAGGUGACAUUUUCGGUGUCAUUCCUGGCCACAUGGCUAGCAGAGUUGCGACACUCCUUUGAUCUGGCCGUGAUGGCAUCUUCUGAAGGCACGGUGGGGGGGGGCAGGGUUGGCUGACACCCCUUGUCCCUGACUGGCCAGGCCAGAGGCCCUACGGUGUCCCUCUGCUCCCAUUGCUGGGGCUGUUCUUGAGGCCCAUUCCUUUAGCAGGGCCCCAUCUGACAGAAAGAGGAUGGAGUUCUGGGUGGAGCUGGCGGGGACAUCAGCACCUACUGUUGAGGGAAAAAAAGCCCCAGACCCACAAUGGGGAGUCGGGUCAGCAGAAAACACGGGGGGUAAAAUUGAGAGCGGUUGGAUGAAGGGUCCCCUUUGUGGACCCACGGUUUCCAGGCACGGUGACAACUCCUCCAAGGCCAUGGGACAAGGGCACUUGGAAACCUUUCCUCGUGGUUUUGCUCAUACAUCCAACUACUAUUUACUGAGCUGGGCUGGGUGCUGGGGGUGCUGUCAUGAGAAACCCAUAGUCCAGUCCUGGUCCUCUUGGGGCGCUCGGUUAUGUAGAGGAACCAGUAAUCCAGCCAGACUGGAUGAGAGAAAUUUCCCUGAGGAAGUGACAGUUGUUUGCACGCAGAGAGCACGUGUCUUCUAAGAGACUCAAAUCAUGGCCAUUUGCAAAUGUUCACACUCACGUCGUGUAAAAAUGCAAAAGGCUUGCUCUGGAGAGUAAGACCCGCCACCAUGCUAUCGGGGAGCUCUCCGAGGGCAGGGGCGAUAGCCUCGCUGUUUCCCCGAGGCACAGUGCCCUUGGAGGGGGGCUGAAGUAUGCAGGUCGUGUGUGCCCUCCGCAGAGCGGGGAGAGGCCCAGGGCUUUAUGCCUGCGGUGCCUGGCCGGGAAGGCUGGGGGCUUCCGUGGCCGCUCUGGGGGUGCAGCCCCAUCUGUAGGACAGGCCUCGGGCCAGGGCUCUGGUCCGGGUGUGGGGCAAAGCAAACCUGGCCGGCUGCUCGCAUGGCUGUGGGUACCGUUGGCAUUGCUGUGUGCCUACGUUGCUCGGGAGAAUAUGAAAACACAUUCCCCCCGCUCUCACCAGGAAUCCCCCGAGAAUCGCCUUAGGCCCCUGGAAGUGAACAAAAGAUUAAAAAAAAAAAAAAAAAAACUUGGCCUCAGAGAGGUAAGUUGGAAAGUGCCACGGUUUUGGAGUGGGGAGGUCUGGAUUCUGUAACUGGGUGACCUUGGGCAAGGUGCCAAAUCUUCUGAAAACGCAACUAUUUCCUCUGAGAAAUGGGCUGAUAAAACUGACCCACUCUGAGGACCAAACGAAAUACAUGCAAGAGCGUGAAGAAAGCUGGAGGCAGCAGUGGCCAGAGCUUCCUUGCCAUCGGCUCUGGCUCUGCUGGGCGGCCCCCCACAGUGGGCUGUGCUGGUCCGGGGCCCAGAAGGCCUGGGCCGGCCUCAGGGUGGCAGGGAGGACAGUCUGGCGCCAAGAGUGGGAAGCAGAAGUCAGGAACCGGUGUUGGGGGUGCGCGGUGAAGGGGUCUCCACUGGGAGCUGGCACGGAACGACCUGGAAGGCCUGGGUCCCCACAGGGAAGUCCCAGGCACGGGGCUCUGGGCCACAGUGGGGAGGGCCAGCUGCCUUUAAGGGCACAAGCAGAAGGCUGUCACUGAGCAGGGAGCUGGGAGAGGGUGACGUGCAGAGGGCCGGCCCAGUGCUGGGGGCAGAACAAGCCAGUGGAUAUUUGGCACAAAGUCCCAGAGCAGCAUUUCUGUUUGGCUCUAUUCGUCUGCAGAGCAAACAUUGGCAGAUUGGAAUUCCCACUUGGGCUCUCACCAACUCAAACAGGCUUGGCCACGACUUUCAAUUGAUUUGCUUGGGGCAGAAGUGCUCUGCCUGCCCAGGCCUGGCUGAGGAAAGCAGGACCCUUCUCACCAGCCCCCAGCCCUUGGGUCCAGCAGAGCUGUCCCCAGAUGGCUCUUUCCUCUCCAUCCUGCCGGCCUGGUGAUUUGGUAGCUGCACUGGGAUGCAGGGGACCUGGGCUUGAGUCUUUGGGUCACACUCAGGACCUCCCCUAGCUCCUGUGGGAAGGAUCUGGAAUCCAAAGCUAGAGGUGUUUGGAAGGUGGCCGGAUUUUUUUCUUUUAAACCGCUUGUUGAUUCCACCAGCCGGAAGCAGUCCCUAUAUUAUGGCGAUCCAGGCAGUGAGGGAGAAUAUAAACUCUCCUAUUUAUUCCAACAGCCCCUAGAAAUCUUACACAGAGAUGCUGAGAACUGCACACCUUGUGUUUUCGUCAAAUGUGGGUGAGACAGAACACCUCCUAAUUCAAAGGGCCCUUUACCCAGUCAGAUUGCGCUGUCAGUGGUGUCUCUCCCUGUUUCGGUCUCUGUCCCUGGCCCCAGCUUGCCUGGGCCUGCUCUCUUGGUUCACAGGCUCUCAAGAGAGAGGAUAGCUCUGAAUUCUUAAGUAGGCUGCCCAGAAGGGAGAGGCGAUGGCUGCCAAUACGAGUCCCAGGGCUUGGGAAAUGACGAGAAGGGGGCUAAAUGUGAUGGAGACAGAUUUACCACCGUGUGAGUGCCCUGCUUCUCCCCACAUUCCGCCCCCGCCCCCCGGAGCUCUGUCUGUGCUGGUCAGCCCCACGCCUCACCAUCCCCGAGUUCUCUCCUUGAUUUUACUCUAGACUCUGGGUGACACAGUGCUGGGGGAAUGGGGGAGAGCCAGGAUGUGACAGGAGAGAGAGGAGAGAGGACCAUUCAUGCUCUCUUGAUCUCCUCCGUGAUGGAGAGUCAGGGUAAUGGGCAGAACAGCAAAUGGGGAGACCAGUCAGGUUUGAUGUGUCUACAUAAUCGGGAGCUGGGACAGGGAGGGAAGAAGGAAGUAAAAGCCGAGGGUCAAGAGUCAGAGACUUUUAGACAGAGGUUUUGACCCAGCUGGAGUGUGAGGCUUGCAAAGGGGAGAAAUGGGGAUGACACGUGUCCUUGGGGGGUGAGAACCGGGUCCUCACUGAUGUUCUUUGAGAGAGGCAAGUCAUGGUUGGAAUCAUUUGAAGACGAUGUUUGGUUGCUGACUGUGCCAUUUAAAAAAAAUGGAACCCCCUGAAUGGAUUUGACCACGUGGAAUCUGGAUUAUAUUCAGGUGGCCUAAAGAUCACCCUGUAUAAUAGAGACCUCUCAGGCUAAAAUUGGGAAAUGUUAAGAGGGCUUUACAAACCACCACCUGAACCCCCAAAUGGGCUCAGAAGCCUCUAGGUGAAGCACCCCUGGGGGUGGUGGCACAAUGUGUGGCUGGCCUUUUGCAAAAUGAAACCAAAGUCUCAAAAGGAAGUGCAGAAGAAGCCGAAGGGGGAUGAAGAGUCUGUCCUAGAACUUUUGGGACACUGGGGACUGACCCCAUGCUCUGUACACUGGUGAUGGGACAAUGAUGUUCUCACAGCAGGGUCCCCUGCCCCACAGUUCAGCACACAUGGCCCUGGACUCCCUCCUUUCCCAGCGGUGCCUUGACACCUAGAAUGGUGGUCUGAGAUGAGACGACCUCUUCACAACUUGCCACUGGACCAGGGGAGGAUGUGUCCAAGCAGAGUUCAGGCCCAGGCUCUGAAGGUACAGCCCAUUCUCGUUGUUGACAGUGGAAACACCACCUUCUGUUUUGUCGGCAUUUCUGCCUACGAGAUACUUUCACAUACAUGAUCUGAAUCAUGUCACAACACUUAGGUAUUUUUCAUGAUUCCCAUCAAAUAGGCUACCGCCAAAGCUGAGGUUUGGAAAGGUGAUGGAGCCCCCAGUUCUGUACCACUAAGGAGGAAGAGCCAGGAUUCGUAGCCACGCAGUGUGGCUUUUGCAUCACUCUCCCACAAAGCUGUGCACUGAUCUUGUAAGGCAUCGUUAGCUCCAUUUUACAGGUGGGUAAGCAGGCACCCACAGGGACCGUCACUUGGCCAGGAUUGUCAUUAAAGGGCAGAGUCAGGAUUUGAAUGCAGGCCACACAUGUACCCGCUGCUCUACAGCCUCACAGUGGCCUUGGUCUUUCUUUUCAGAGCUAUUUUUUGAACGUUAAAACUCAAGCCCUGAUUGCCUUCCGAGCAGGCCCCGAGUCUGCAGUCUGCUGGCCCAGUGGCCCCUGGCUUGGCCCUGGGACCCUCAGAGAUGGAGAGGACAGCAAGAAGCAAUCGAUGCGCACGGAUGGGUUGUGACUACAGCGCCUAAUCGGGAAAUUACAGCCUGGGCAGCAGAGGGUUUGGCUUAGAAGUCACCCUCCCGUGGGUUUCAGUGAGGCCAGCCCGCAUGGAGGCUUGGCUGGCAGAAGGGAUGUGCUGGGCAGGCGUGAGCUUGGCAGGCAGGAUGAGCCAGCCUUGUCAGUGCUGUGCCCAUACCCAGAAAAUUGGUCUCUCGGGUGGUGACCUUGAGGUCGGUCCUUUCUGGCUCUCUGCCUGCCCCUGCACCCAUAGAUAACUCAUCAGCAAGGGUGGAAGCUGUGGGCACCCAAAGGGGGCACUUUGUGAGUCUCUUGGCUUGAGUAGCUGGCUUUUCCCCUGACCCUGGAAUGAGCAUGCAGAAAAGGAGUGGAAAUUGGCAGAUGGGAAAAGCCAGUUGUAGAACUGUAUGUACAUGCCACCCUCUGUAUUUUUUUUUUUG